GGCCCCUCCCUCCGACCGCCUCCCGCGGUGGGCAGCAUGCUCGCCUUCGCGGUCGCGGCCGCGGGCGGCCGCCCGCGUGCGGCCGCGGCGCUGACGGCAGAGACGCGCGCCGCGGCUCCGGUCGGGGCGUGGCCGUGGGCCCUGGGCGCGGCCACUCUGGCUGGGAGGGCUCCCGCCUGCGCCGCCGGCCCGGGCCGCGGCGGGCUGGCCGCCGCAGCCGCCGCAGCCUGUGCGCUGCGCCUCUCGCGCGCGUGCCGGGCGCCCGGCGGCAGCCGGGUGAAGGCCCCUGCCAGGACGCGUGGGUUCCGCGCCUCAUCGCACAAGAGCCACUCGCAGGAGGCCGCCACCUCGCUCCGUGCGUACGAGUCCUCGUACCUCGAGCUGGAGACGGCCGAGGUCGAGCAGGUGGCGCCCGCGAAGCCGGUGCGUGUCCGCUUCGCCCCGUCCCCGACGGGCGUCCUCCACGUCGGGGGGGCCAGGACGACGGCGCUCUUCAACUGGCUCUUCGCGAAGUCCCAGGGCGGCCAGCUGGUGCUGCGAGUGGAGGACACCGACGUCGCUCGGUCCACGGAGGAGUCCGAGGACGCGAUCCUGGAAGGCCUGAGGUGGUGCGGCAUCGACUGGGACGAGGGGCCCGACGUGGGCGGCCCCAAGGGGCCGUACAGGCAGUCGGAGCGGAUCAAGGCCGGCGUAUACCAGGAGCAGCUGGACAAGCUGCUGGCCCAGGGAAACGCGUACAAGUGCUUCCUCACCCCAGAGGAGCUGGACGCCAUGCGCGCGGAGGCGGAGAGGAACGAGGUCGCCUUCGUGGUGGACAGCCCGUGGAAGAACGCCACUAAAGAGGAGAUUCAGGAGAUGCUCGACAAAAAUGUUCCGUUCGUCUACCGCUUCCGGAUCCCCUACGACGAAGAGAUUGUGAUUGACGACGCGGUCCUCGGAGAAGUCACAUGGAAUUCGGACGACUUGGGAGGUGACUUCAUCAUCAUGCGACAGAACGGCAUGCCGAUGUACAAUUUCGCCGUCGUCGUCGACGACGCCCUGAUGGAUAUCACAUACGUGCUGCGCGCGCAGGAGCACCUCAUGAACACUCCCCGACAGUACCUCAUUUACAAAGCCCUGGGUCUGCCCGUGCCGAAGUUCGGGCACAUGCCCCUGAUCCUGGCGCCGGAUCGCAGCAAACUCUCCAAGAGGCACGGCGCUGUCUCCGUGGGACAGUAUGCGCAGAUGGGCUUCCUGCCCUCUGGGCUCGUGAACUACCUUGCCCAGCUCGGCUGGAACGACGGCACCAACAAGGAGAUCUACGACACCAGAGAGCUGCUGGAUGCCUUCACGCUCGACCGCAUGAGCAAGGUGGCCGCGAUCUUCGACACGGACAAGUGCAAGUGGGUGAAUGGACACCACAUCCGGCUUCUGCCAGACGAGAAAUCCGAGGAGCUCAUCGGUGGCGAGCUCGUGAAGCAGGGCCUGGCCAAGGAGGCCUCGGGGGAGUUUGUCAGAAGGGCGAGCGCGCUGCUGCGCGACCGCAUCGGCACCCUCACCGAGGCGGGCGAGGAGCUCAAGAGAAUGAUGGCCUACGACCUCGAAGGGAUGCUGGCCUCCGACAAGGCCAAGCAGUGGUUAGAGGACGGGUCGCUCAAGGAGACGGCCGCGCUCCUUGUCGAGGCGCACGCGCGCGGCGACUUCGACGCCGUCAGCAGCGACACCGCCGUGCUGAAGGAGAUCGCCAAGGGCAUCGGGGAGGCGAGGGGCGGCGCCAAGAAGAAGAAGCUGCUGGUGCCCCUGAGGCUCUGCCUCACCGCGGACGACACGGGCCCUGACAUGGGAAGAUUUUUCCACAUGCUGAGCUGCGUCGACGACGGCGUGACCUGCGAGUCUGUGAGCCUGGACAGGCGCAUGGAGCUCCUCAAGGAGAAGUUCGAGCUCUGA